UCCUUAUCCGGAGAAAAUUUUUGAAAACAACGUCGGCGAACUGUGGUUCCGUCAGGAUUCGAAAUUUAGGCUCCCGCUGGCGUUGAUGUACUUCUACAUAAUAUCGCCGCUACCCAUUAGCGACCCUCGAAGUUGCGCGCUGACCGGGUUCUUUGCUUCCAUGGUGAAGUUCCAAAUCGCGGAGGAGCUAUAUCCGGCCGAGGUUGCCGGUCUCAACUACGAGCUGUACUCGGCCGAGAAGGGGCUCUUGCUAAAGGUGGACGGUUACAACGAAAAGCUACCGAUCAUUGUCGACGAGAUCACGGCUGCGAUGGGUCGAUUUUCCGAAACGCUCAGCGACACUGUGUUCGACCUGAUUAAGUCCAAACUGGAGAGGGUGUACUACAACGAGCUGAUGAAGCCGAACAAACUGAAUCGCGACGCUCGGUUGAAGGUGGUGCAGCAAAACCACUGGACGACGUGGGAAAAGUUCGGGUACCUGAAACAAUUCACUCCGGACGACAUCCGACAGUUUGCGAGAGCCUUUUUCGCUGGCAUUAAGGUGCAGGUGCUUGUACAGGGUAACCUUCACUCGGACACUGCCAAGCAG